ACAUGUAGUUUUUAACUCAUGUAUGGACAUUGAGGUGCGUCUUUAUCCAAGGAGAAACUACCCUAUGAGUUACUAAAAAGUCAAAUUCAUUGUUUAAAACGUUACAUCAUCUGUUGCGUUCAGAGAUGAAUGUGUGCCGUUGCUGUGUUUCACACGGCCGCUGAAUGUGACUUAAAAGAUUUGUAUGAAUCCGUGAAGUCUGUGAAGGGAAGACAUUUUCCAUGGGAAUAACUGAUUAACUGAGAGCGUCCGCCGGUCUCAACACUAUCUGCCGAGAAGGUUAAGGUUGCCAGUCCUGUGUGGGAUGUUAACGGACUGGUGGUGCGUUGAGGCUGAAGGAGCAUGGUGAAACACCAACCCUUACAGGUCUAUGAGAAACAGGUCUUUGUGUCCUUUGUCACUGGGAUCUAUGGUUGCCGCUGGAAACGCUACCAGCGUUCCCAAGAAGAAAGCUCCACGUGGGAGUGUACCUGGUUUAUCAUCUUGUGCAGUUCUUUUUUCCUGCUUGUCUUUUGGACUUACUUCUGGCUGGUGGCUCAAAAUGAUUUUAAUGAGUUCAACUGGUCAGUGUACAACCGCUCUGGAGAAUGGAAGGAUGAGACAAUUCCCAUUCUUGCAUCUACCACCGUGGGAUUCAGCUACAUCGCAUUCUUAAUGAUUUUGGCAGUUUUCCAUAUAUCCUUCGGCCAACAGCUGAACCUCUACUGGGUUCACAAGAUUGGAGUGUUGGCUACCCUGCUCACCAUUAUCUCUGGUGUCGUCUCUGUCGAUGACAUAUGGGCAGAUGAGUGGGACAUCCUGCUUGUAUCACUGCAGUCUACAGCACCAUUCCUGCACAUUGGAGCCCUGGCAACAGUCACAGCUAUCAGCUGGUUGGUAGCUGGAUAUGUGGUCCGCAGAGAGAGAUCUAAUUCCCAGGUGUUGGUUUUGCUGAUUUACAUCAUCAUACUCCUGGCUCUCUAUUUGGCACCAUUAACAUUCACCUGCCCCUGCAUUAUGGAUCGCCACGGCCUCGGACCUCGACCAGACAUCAUUGGUCGACGAGGAGCUCCGAUGCUGGCCCCAGAAAACACCAUGGUGUCCUUUAACAGAGCCCUGCAGCAUGGGGCUAGUUCCCUGGAGGCUGACGUCACUAUCAGUGUGGAUGCUGUUCCCUUCCUCAUGCGAGACCGCACAUUGAGAAGAACCACAGAUGUUAGUAAGGUCUUUCCGGCCAGACAGUAUGAUGAUGCCUCUUCCUUCAACUGGACAGAGAUUCGAUCUCUAAACGCAGGCCAGUGGUUUUUGGAGAGUGACCCCUAUUGGACAGUAGAGACCCUAACAGGAAGGGACCGGAGCAGGAUAGGCAACCAGACGGUUUGCAGUCUGGUGGAAAUGCUGCGUCUGGCAGCCAGGACCAACGCCUCUGCAUUGCUAAAUGUCCGCAAGCCUCCACCAGAGCACCCACGCCACCGCAGCUGGUUCAUGGACACAUUCUGGGCUGUGCAGAAAGCAGGAAUUUCCCAGAAGAGGGUGACGUGGACCCCCGACACAGAUAGGGGGAGGGUGCGAGGGCUUCAGCAGUCUGCUAAUGAGAAGCUGUCAGUGGAAGAGAUAAGGCUCAGGGGAAUAACAAGCCUGACUCUUCAUUACAGCAAGGCCAGCCACAAAGACAUACAAGAGUAUCUGGCCAAUAAUGUGAGUGUGACUGUCUACCCAGUGAAUGAACCCUGGCUCUACUCCAUUUUGUGGUGUAGCGGGGUGCCUUCUGUGUCCUCUGAUGCCCCCCAAGUCCUCCGAAAGGUGCCUUACCCCAUCUGGCUCAUGAGCCAGAAUGCUUACAACUUUAUCUGGAUCACUUCGGAUCUUGUCUCACUUGCCAUAGUCACAGGGAUUUUCUGUUUUCAGAACUAUCAUAUGAUCAGGUGGAGAAUGAGCGGGAUGCAGAACUGUAACCCAGAACAGAUAAUGCUGAGCGCUGUGACAUAUCAGUCCAGUCGGGACGUAAACAUCAUGAAGGAGAAGCUCAUUUUCUCAGAACUCAACAAUGGGCUCAGCAGUACAGAGGAGUUUUCUAUGUAUCCUCAAAAUGGUUAUGUCAGAUAAUCUCACGGAGGCCGCAGCUGCUGAACAAAACACACUGCUACAGCUGGCAAUUCUUGGAUGUUAGUUUGACUUCAGAGCUUUACUGACUGAAUAUUGUUUUCUUGUCAGAAGAAAAAGGAGCCUAGCAGUAAAGCUGAUCUAUUAGUCAUCUUACCCUAGAUGUUAUGCCAGCAUAAAUACCAAAUCUUGUCUACAGUAUUGACAGUGAAAGUUUCCUCUAUUUAACUUUUAUUACGUUUUAUUGUUAAAUCAGUUUUUAAAAUAUCACAUUAUUCACUUGCUUACAUGCAAGUUAUAUGUCACAUAUGUAUGUAUUUAAUAUAACUGUGUAUGAAUUUUUCCAUAGUACUGCAUAAGCCAGUAUUAGCUCUUUUUCUCCAAAAUAGUUCACCAGUUACCUUUAAAGCUUCUGUAAGGGGUCAUUUUCUUAUUGUUGCUCUAAACUUUUACGCAAAAGUUCAGAAAUCCUCACAAGGGAAAUAUGGCUUGCCUGUGUCUAUGUUGUCAACUCUUAAGAGGUCAGCUCCCCAGUGAACAAAUGUCUCAAAAACAUGACUCAGAUGAUAUAUCCUCCUGAACUGAAUCCCAUGACCAUGUGAAACAGGAAUUUGUGUUUCUCUGUUUUCAAAAUAGUUGUUUGAAUUAUAAUUUUAAAACAACAUCAUAUCACUUUUAAUGUGGAGUCAAGACUUCCUCUCACUCAAAAUUAUUACCAGCUAAAUUUAGUGAUGUGUGUACUGAUCCAGUUGGUUUGUGCGAGUGACCUCAGAAGUGGAGGAAAAAGGGGUUUGUAGUGUUCUGUCUCACCCAGGUGCCCCCCUCUACUGGACUCUUUGGGUAAUACUCCUCUGACCAUGAGCAUGCAUUCCCACACUUAGGAAAGCAUAAAUGUAACUGGCCAAUCAGGAUCUGCCUACCAAAAAAUACACAUGGACCUCACAGUGUAUAAGAAGUCAGAUUCCCACAUCUGACAUCCUUUUUCUCUUUAGCAGCAGUGAGUAGCACACUAGGCAUCCCCCUCCAUGGAUGGAGUUACUGCUCCAAGAACCUCAUCAGUGCCUCGGUACAGUCUAAGCACAGAGCGAUGUUCAGUGGCCACCAGCCUGCUAGGCCUGUCUGGCCUGCCCAAGUGUAGACACCAGCAGACACUUGAGGGGUGAGCAGGAAUUCGAGAUUGAUGACGUUGAGACCCCAGCUCCAAUUGCCACACUCUACUGUGUGUCGAGUGCACAGGAAGCACAAACAAUGCUUGGAUACCAUUCCCCUGGUUCACCCUGAGAUACUAAGGGUCCCCAAAACACCUGUUGCAGGGAACACUGCACGGACAAAGACUCCUAUGUCACAGUGUUCAGAGAAUGUGUCCCUGACGGGGUGGGGAAGGACCUGCUUGGGGAGAGCGGUAGGUGGUAGGCCUGUGUGAGAUAGAACAAAUGUUAUGAUAUUGUAACCCUAGUUCUAUUAGCACAGGCUGCACCCUCUACCUAGGGGCUCUUUCGCUCUUACGCUGCUCAGUGUGCAGAAUGUAAAUGUGUGAAUUUACCUCCCUAUAUAUUGAUGUGUCCACAUGUAUUCAGAUAGGCACAUCCUGAUUGGCCGGCUAAGUUUGUGCUUUCCUCGGUGUGCGAACGCGGGCCUGUGAUCGGAGUAGUAUUACCCAAAGAGUUUAGUAGAGGGCGUCGCCUGUGUUAAUUGAACUAGGGUUACAAUAUUGUAACCUUCGUUCUGUAUUAUAAACUUAUGUAAAUAUGAGUUGUUUUUAUUAUUUUUCAGUGGUUUGGACAUAUCAAUUGUAUAUUUUCUGUUGUCAUGUAUUAUCAUUAUGACUGUUUACGCAUUAAAGAUAGGUUAGAGCCUCCCUGAAAACGUAUUUUCUUGCCGUUUCAUGGGAUAAGGGGGGUUUAGGAUGUUUUGAGAGUAUCUUCUGGUAAAUGUUCUUAUCUUUUUUCCUCCUCCACUGUUUCAUGCCCUGAUUGAUUUAUAGUCUUACUAGUUAUUACAACUUUCACAUGGCUGCCUUUUUUAAAAUAAUGGAAUGGUAGAAUACAAAGUGUAGGGUUAGAAAGUAUAUAUGGAAUCCAAACCCUGACCCCUCAGAAUAUGUAGUGUAGAAUAUUGUUUUAUCUUUAGUUUAAUAAUAGGGUUACAUUCAUCAAAUAAAAACUGCACUUUUA